AACCUAAUCUACAUGUCCUAAUUUACAGUCAUGCCCAUUUACACAUAACUAACCCUAACUUACAGUCAUGCCCAUUUACACAUAACUAACCCUAACUUUAACUCUUUCAAAUUUACUCUACAAUUGUGCACUCACAAACGAAUUUACCCACAAUUCCACAUUCAAUUGUAUUUAAUCACUUGUGUAGUCAUCAAAAUUUGUAUUCACAGCCUCUUAAAAUUCGAAUUCGAGAAGACUACAUGUCUGAUAUUGGUAAGACCACUCACUGAAGGAUGUAGGUGUGUAUGUAUCUGUGUAUGAUGAUUGUAUGUGAAGAUGAUUAUGCAUGUGAUGUUGAUUUUGUGCAUGUGUGUUUGUUUAACUAAUGUUGGUUAUGUAUGUGUGGUGCUGAUUUUGUGUGUUGGUGAUUAUUUGUGUGAUGUUGACUACCUGUGAUUGUGUUUGUGCAUAUGUGUGUGAUUGUGAUUAUGUAUGAUGUUGAUUGUGUGUGCUGGUGAUUAUGUGUGCAAUGUUAUUUAUGUGUAUGAUGUUGAUUGUGUUUGUGUGUGUGAUGGUGACUGUGUGUGUGAUGGUGAUUGUAUGUGUGUGUGCGCGCGCGUGUGUGUGUGAUGGUGAUUGUAUGUGUGUGUGCGUGUGUGUGAUGGUGAUUGUGUGUGUGUGUGUGUGUGUGUGUGCAUGCGUGUGUGUCUGCUUGCGCGUGCAUGUUUGUGUGAUUGUGUGUAUGUGUGUGUGAUGGUUACUGUGUGUGUGAUGGUGAUUGUGUGUGCGUGCGUGUGUGUGCGUGCGUGUGCAUGCUUGUGUGUGUGCGUGCGCGCGUGCGUGUGUGUGCCUGCGUGCAUAUAUAUGUGUGCCUGCAUGCAUGUGUGCGUGCCUGCGUGCGUGCGUGUGUGCGUGCGUGUAUGUGUGCGUGCGUGCGUGUGUGUCUGCGUGCAUAUAUAUGUGUGCGUGCGUGUGUGCAUGCGUGAGUGCGUGUGCGUGUGUGUGCAUGCGUGUGCGCGUGCGUGUAUGUGUGCGUGCGUGCGUGCGUGCGUGCGUGUGUCUGCGUGCAUAUAUAUGUGUGCGUGCGUGUGUGCAUGCGUGAGUGCGUGUGCGUGUGUGUGCAUGCGUGUGCGCGUGUGCAUGUGUGUGCCUGUGUGCGUGUGUGUGUGAUGUCAGAGAGCCGUCUCCAGGCACAGGAGGAUAUACGGGGCCCUCUCUCAGAGCUGCAGCAGCGAGUACUUCCUGUUAUUCAGGAGCAGAUUCAAGGCUACAGGAGUAAGCAGUUGCUGGGUCUGGGGGCUCUGUUUGGGGAGGGGGAUCUGCAGCAGUUGGAUGGAGACCCAGGAAAGGAGCGGCAGGUUGUGGAUAAACAGGUCACUGCCCUGUGGGAUAUACUGUUGAAACAUGAGCAGGAGCGCAGCGUUCCCCUGGCCUCUGCUGUGAAUCUCUAUCUGCGCCACUCUGGGAUCAAACUGCGUGAGUCCAGACCGCCUGGUCUGGCUGCAGAGAAAGACCGCUGGCUUACCUUCUUCCCCAAAGCCAAGAAGCUCAGCAGCACAAAGAGAGAUGCCGAGGACAGAAAGAGGAACCCCAUUCUAAAAUACAUCGGCAGCAAACCCAGGGGAAACCAGCCUACCUCCCACGUUCCUCUGUCUCCCUCUCAAGUCCGCCCAGGCAACGUACGGAAUAUCAUCCAGCAGUUUGAAAACAAGCAGCCGGACCCUGCAAUGAUGGGGGAGGAGGCUGGACUCCUGGGUUUGGGGUUCGAUGGGGCCACACAGAGACUGUCUACCAGCAGUCUUGGAGAACAGACUGGUAGUGAAAGUCCCGCUGGGUCAGUGCGUUUGGGCCGCAGUGAGUCUCUAAAGGCGCGUGGGGAGGGGCGUUGCCAUGGUGCCGGUGCUGGUGGGGAGGCGGUCCCUCGUUCCCAUAGUGACGUGGACAUGGAGGACUAUGGAGCAGAGCGUCCCCUUCAUCACAGUAACUCCUCAUCCACCUCCAGCAAUUCUGCAAGGUCUCUGGAAAACUCCACUCCACCCUACACCCCCUGCUCGAGGAGGAGGAGUGUGGAAACUCCAGUAGGACUGCUCCCUGGCACUCCAGCACUGGACGAGGACAGUGGAGAGUUCCAGAACUGGCAGGAAAUGGUGGAUCCACAAACGCUGGUGGCUCUGGGUCCGUGUGAGGUUGACCGGCAAGCUGUCAUCUAUGAGCUCUACACCACAGAGGCGUCCCACCUGCGCACACUCAGGGUCCUGGACCAGGUUUUCUUCCAGAAGCUGAGGGCUGUUCUCAGCACGGAGCAGCUGGCCUGCAUCUUCCCCAACCUGCCCCAGGUUUACAGCCUGCACGCCAGUCUGUGUGAGUCUAUGAAGAAGCUGAGGGAGUCUCCCAUUGUUCUGGGUAUCGGUGACAUCAUGCUGGGGAGGUUUGAGGGGUUCGCAGGGGCGGAGUUUCAGGAGCAAGUGUCUCUCCUGUGCAGUCGGCAAUCUCAAGCUCUGGAGCUCAUUAAGAACAAACAGCGCAAAGACCCUCAGUUCACUCACAUUAUACAGGAGUGUGAAGCAAGCCCGCACUGCCGGAGGCUACAGCUGAAGGACCUGCUCGUAUCAGAGAUGCAGAGACUGACUAAGUACCCUCUUCUCCUGGAAAACAUCAUCAAACACAGCGACUCCCUCUCCCCUGAUCUGCUUCCCCUUCAGAAGGCACAGGCUUGUUGCCGUGGGAUACUGCAAGCUGUAAAUGAGGUCGUCAGGGAGACGGAACAUAAGCAGCGCCUCAUCCAAUAUCAGCGCCAGCUGGACCUCACACCCCUUGAGAAGCAGGCCAAUCCAGUCGUGGCUCAGUUUAAGAACCUGGACCUUACCACUAGGAAAAUGAUCCAUGAAGGGCCACUGACAUGGAGAGUCAGUAAAGAUAAGGCUAUAGAGGUGCUGGCUCUGCUGCUGUCGGACCUGCUGGUUCUGCUGCAGAGGGGUCCCGACGAACGGCUCAUUCUGCGCUGCCCGUCCCGAUGGCUCGUAGGAGGGGCUAGUGGGGACCUGAAGUCCACUUCCUGUCCUGUGGUGCGACUGGACUCGCUGCUUGUGCGCUCUGUCGCCACAGAUAAUAAGGCUUUGUACCUGAUCAGUGCCUCAGAGGGACAGAUCUACGAGCUGGCGGCUGGGACAUCUUCUGAGAAAAACAUUUGGAAAGACUUGCUGGAAAGGUCUGUCUUGUUGGCUUCUGCAUCUUCAUCUUCGUCCAGCGAUGGCUUAGAGCUCGCCUCUGCCUCUGCUUUGAAGUCUGGAAUCUACCGAUCAGAGAGUUGCUUUUCAGAGGAUUCUGUAUGUAUAGAGACAAACACAGCUAAUGAGGAGAACCAGGUUUCCAUGACAACUGCUCCAGUUGUCCAGGCCUUCCUGGUGGAUAAGGAGUGGGAGGGUAGAGGGGGCAGGGUUGCAGAGGCGGCCCUGCAGGAUGUGGAAACUCUACGGCACCUUAUCUUUAGAGAUUUGGGGCAUGAUGGGUGGAGCCAUGAUUCCGAUGAUGUGCCCACUAAUGAUACUGCCAAUGAGAGCUGUCUGUUUACACAUGGGGAGGGGCCAGGAUGUCCAGAAUUGUCCCCCAGACAGCGAGAGGAUGUGGAAGUGGAGGCAGGAACAUGUGUUCAGGUGGUGAGGAAAGCCAAGGGUACGGGUUCUGCUUCUAUUCCUGAUGACAUCACUGGUGAUGAUAGCAUCCACUCCAACCAAUCAGACAGCCCGAAAGCUGGAACCAGUGCAGAUGGGAACACGUUCUACCUGGUUCUGCCCCAGGAACUGGGUGGGACCCAAACAGAGGAGGCCAGCACAUCACCCCCCUUCCAGGGGCAACAUCAGGACACACCCAGCCCUUAUCCUCUUGGCCAAUCACAGGAUGAAAAUGACAGGCAGGCUGUCAAACAGAGCCAAUCACAGCUUGUGGUGCAGAGGCCUUUGAUCGGCAGUGUGGAGGAGAUAUUCAACACCAUAGAACAGCUGAUGGAGAAACUGCAGCAGCUACGGGAAAUAGAGGCCGCCCAUUAUCAGCUUCUUCUAACACUGACAGAUCAGCCUGCCAAUCAUGUGUCAGGUGACAAUGUGCAGACCACACCUACUGAUGAGAGAACCUCAAUUGAGCAGCGUGGAAAGGAUUGCAGCCUAAUCCAGCCAGAGAUCCAAUCCACUGGAUUUUGAGUGUCUAAUGCAGUGAAAACUUCCAACACACACACACACACGCUUACACACAAACACACACACGCACGCUCACAUGCACACACACACACACAUGCUUACACACACGCGCACACACACUCAUGUCCACAUACAUUCAGAAGCACACACACAAACACACAACACAGACUUGCGAGCUCACACACAUGCACAAAAAUGUAUAAA